AUGUAUCAUGAUGGUUUUGGUUAUGAAUAUCAACCAGCAAAUGCAGCUGGUAUGGAACCAGUGUAUUGCCCUAUGGUUGAGCAUGCACCUGGCAAGGUUCUCAUCAUCUACACUGGUGGUACUAUAGGCAUGCAGCCUUACCCUAAUGGUACACUACAUCCAGUCCCGGGAUACCUUACUGACCAGAUCAACAAUAUGGAGGAGUUACAGCAGCCUGGCAUGCCUGAGUUUACUGUCCUCGAGUAUGAAAAUUUGAUUGAUAGUUCCGAUGCUACUCCUGAGAAUUGGGUCACCAUGGCUAAAACUAUCGAAGAUAACUAUGAUGAUUAUGAUGGUUUUGUUAUUCUGCACGGCACGGAUUCGAUGGCCUACACUACGAGCGCAUUGUCUCUCAUGCUUGAAAACUUGUCGAAGAGUGUUGUUGUCACUGGUUCCAUUUUACCAUUUAUUGACCCUCACAGCGAUGCCAAGAGGAACAUCGUUGUUUCUGUUAUGUUCGCUGGUAAAUAUACGAUACCAGAAGUGUGCCUCUUCUUCGACACAGUUCUCUUGAGAGGCAAUAGGGCUACUAAGGUUGAUGCUAGUGCUAUCGAGGCCUUCGGUUCGCCCAAGGAACGUCCUCUUGCCACCAUCGGUGUUGGUAUUGACUUCAGUAAGGAUCUCCUCCUUCCUGCGCCAUCAGCUCCUCUCACCGUACAGACGACAAUGGCGGACUCUAUCCUCGCUGUGCGCAUGAUUCCUGGUUUGUCCAGCUUACUCUCCCUUGAUGUUAACGACAUAAAUGGUGUUGUUCUUCUGCUGUACGGCACCGGCAAUGCUCCUUCUAACGCGAACUUCCUCUCAUGGUUGCAGAAGUUGGAUGAUGAGCAAAUCCCCGUGGUUGUGGUAUCCCAAGUUCUUAAGGGUGUUGUUAGCCUCGGUGACUACGCUGCAGGCUCUCAGCUACUCCGUUAUGGUGUCAUCAGCGGUGGUGACAUGACUCCUGAGGCUGCUGUUGCCAAGCUCAGCUAUUUCCUGGGCAAGGGGUACACCAUUGAUGAGAUCAAGAGCGAGUUUGGGAUGAACUUGGAAGGAGAGAUUACUGUGAACGAAGUUUCACAAGGGAAUCCUUUCGAUCCUGUUAACGAGUCGGCCACUGAACUCCUCAGUAUUGAAGAACCCAAGAUGAUUGUCGUCUAA